AAAAAUAUAAGCGUGCAGUCAAACCCUACGUGCCGGAUAAACGGCAGAUAGCCGGCACGCGUCGUGUGAUCGAGAGAAUUUCUUAACUCCGUCGCGUCUCGCGUCUCCCACGUAUCUUCGCGCGUAUUACCGAGGAAGGACCAGCGGCUCCCGCGCACGUUUUUACGUAACGAAGGAUGGUAUGGCGGCGCAAGCAGACGGUCGGAUACCGGAUACUUUUCGUUAUUACUAUACCAGCUACGUACUUUUUUUGCGUCAGUUUAACGGGACUGUUAUCUGACAGUGCGACAAAUGUCGGCCACGCAGCGGACUGGCGAGGACGUAGACUGCUGCAGGCGAGCGAGCCCGAGCUAGCGGGGAACGACAGUUACAACUGCACGCCGCCGGCGAUCAAAGAAUUCCCGCCCGACGGUCUCACGCGGCAGCAAAGACAGGCAGGAUUCAUAAUAAUCCACUUCGUCAUCGCUAUUUAUCUGUUUUUAUUACUUGCCAUUGUCUGCGACGACUAUUUCGUUCCCUCUAUUAAGAAAAUUUGCGAGAACCUCAGUGUCACCGAGGAUGUGGCCGGCGCUACCGUAAUGGCGGCCGCGAGCUCGAGCCCGGAAUUGUUCAUCAACGUCAUCGGUACCUUCGUGACGGAGGGUGACCUGGGGGUUGGCACCAUCGUCGGCUCCGCGGUCUUCAACAUCCUGGCCGUGCCCGCGUGCUGCGCGCUGUUCGCCAACGAGGUGCUGAAGCUGGAGUGGUGGCCCGUGUCGCGCGACUCGCUGGCGUACGCCUUCACGGUCCUCCUCCUGAUUCUGACUCUGUGGGACGGACGUGUCGAGUGGUACGAGGCGCUCAUCCUCGUCGCCUGUUACAUUCUGUAUAUAUCAGCAAUGUGUUUCAACCGUCGAAUCAGCAAUUUCGUAAGACGAAUAACGUCUAGGAGGAAAAAAUAUAGAAAUAUCUGCGAGGAGAGUCCGCUCCUGCCGAAUCAUCUUGUCAAGGAAACGGAGAUAUGUGGAGUUAAUUUGAUCGAGCAGGACGAGUCACUUGAGAUCGUAAACAUGACAACCUGGCCGAGUUCUACGUGCGAGAAGAUAUGGUGGGUUAUCACUUGGCCCAUCAAUCUGGCAUUACUCGUUACUAUUCCCGACUGUAGGAGAAGGAAGCUGAGAUCGUGGUAUCCCUUAACGUUUCUCAUGUGCAUAAUAUGGAUCGCGACUUCGUCCUACAUUGUUGGAUGGGUCAUCACUACUAUCGGCGAUACGUUCGGGAUUCCAGAUUCUAUCAUGGGAUUAACGUUCCUCGCGGCGGGAAUGAGCGUGCCGGAAGCAGUAUCGAGCGUUCUCGUUGCCAAUCAAGGUUACGGAGCUAUGGGAAUAAGUAAUUCGAUCGGGUCGAAUGUGUUCGAUGUCUUACUCUGUCUCGGACUGCCAUGGUUCAUCAAGGCCGCGCUGUUACCGAAAGUACCCGGACAGUAUUAUGUUCAGAUCAAUUCUCAGGGAUUAGUGUAUAGCUCAGCAUCUCUCUUUUCUACGUUAGUUAUCUUAUAUGGAGCUUUAUUUAUUAACAAAUUCGCGUUGAGUCGUACAGUCGGCAUCGUCUGUCUCGUUAUGUACGCCGUAUUUUUGAUAUUCGCAUCCGUUGUGGAGCUCAACACGUUUUUCGUUGUUAAUCUACCGACAUGUAUCGACUAGAGCAACAAUAUCGGUGGCGUUAAAACGUAAGACGAUACUUAUACUCACUGAUAUCUGUGAAUGUUUGUACGCCACAGCGAACUCUUACUUAAUACGUUUGUACAUUUUGUCUUACGACAGAGCAAAAGUAUCUGAAUAUAUUAAGUAUUAAUUAAUUAAUAUAUCUUAUAAAUAGUAGCUUCGGUAAAGUCCUUACAUAUGUAAUUAUUCAUUGCACUGUGUAAAAAUUGUAUCCUGAACUUUUAUACUUGUUUAUUUCGCAUGUAUAUACUAUAUAAUGAAUAGUAAUCUAACUUGAUCAUUAAUAUGAAUCUAGCUUUUAUACCUGAUACGUUAAAAACUUUUAGAGUGUAAUGAAGUCAUAUAUCUUCAUUGUCAGCUUGAGCGAAAGAGCGUCAUGGCUCCUGUAAAUUCGAAACUUUAGAAAGUCAUUACAAACAGAACCACAAAAGAGAGUAAAACGAAAUAGUCCUGUUAGCAUAAAAAUACGCGUGCUUUUUCAUCAAGUACAUCCAAGGAUGAUUUUGUCACGUAAUUAGACGAAAGUGAAAAAUAAAUCUCUGAAACAUUUAUCUAUCAAAUUAAAUAAACACAACCAUAUGUGGUCAGAAUCAGAUUUCCGAUUCUAUCCCAAGUAGAAAGACAUCAAGAUUUACUUUGCAACGACUGAUUUAUGACAUACUGUUUUAUGAUAUUCGUGAUAUACGUGUAUAAUAAUAUAUUAUUACGCAUUACAUGAUCAGUCAUA